AUGGCCUGGGACGGCAUCGAGCAAGCAGAGGUCGAAUAUGUAGCGAUCUUGGUGAACAAUGUUCUCUGGGGGAUAUCAUGUACUCAGACCUUCCGGAAGAAUGACAAGAAUCUCAUCAAGGCCCUGGUUUUGUGGUUGUGGAUUUGUGAUACAACUCAUCUGAUCCUUACGAACCGUGGCUUCUGGGUCGACAUUGUACUGUCGGACAACGGAUUCAUCGUCUCCCAAGAAUACCUCUGGGCGUCCUUCUUUACGUGUCUGGUCGCCCUGCCGUGUCAAUUAUUCUUUGUAUAUAGAAUUUGGAUUUUCGCAGGGAAAUUCUGGCUGAUACCCAUGAUAUUCGUGCCUGCCUCCGUUUACCAACUCGCGGGGUAUAUCGCCUUCCUUGUCAUGAACUACAAGACGAUAUCUAUCGCACAGUUUUACUCCCUUCAAAAACUGUUGAAAUCUAUAUGGGGUGUCAGCGCUGUUGAAGACACGUUGAUCACUCUCGUUUUGUUCUACAUGCUCUGGAAACAAAGAGACGGAGAGCUGCUCGGGCAAACGUCUCAGCUUCUCUACAGGGUAAUGUUUAUUGGUAUCAACACUGGUACUUGGACCGCAUUGGUAGCGCUCUUCGCGUUAAUCACGAUGACCGUUUGGCCGAAUAGUAUGGCGUUCGUUUCCCUCAACCUCGUCAUCUCCCCCAUCUACUGUAAUACCCUUCUCGCCAACCUCAACGCGAGGGACUAUAUUCGGGGAGCUCGCGAUAGCUAUGGCGGCACCAUGACGGGGACCAACACUCAUAUGACGAUGACGCCGUCCUUUAGAAUCACCCAGCAAGAUGGGAUGGAGACCCUUGAAAUGGACAUGGAGUCCCAGGCGGGCAGCAAUGGUGCGACUAUGUUCGAUCAAUCUUCGGCCAACCUAAAGCUCGAAAACGAAGGCGUCCCAAAGACACGAACAAUGUAA